UCACAAUAUGUCUGCGCCCGUAGUUAAUCAUAAUGAGAGGCCAAACUGCUUGAUUGUUUUAAGCUCGGCAAUUGAAGGUGUUUCUGCACAGUCUUUCAUUAAGUCCUUCACCCUUGCAAGUACAGCAUUCCAUGUAGACUUGGCGACUCAACAGGGCAAGGUAGCAGAGUUUGUGAGCACAGACGAAGCAGGCAGACGAUGGCUGGCAGACUUCAAGACAAAGUCCUUUGCAACUCCCAUUAGUCUAAGUUCAGUUGAUGCACGCCGCUACCAGGUACUACUGAUACCCCAUUCUCUGGGUGCUGCUCAUGAUCUCGCCAAUAGCAAGGAUCUUGCCUCAGUCAUCCACAAUUUCAUAUCUCAACAGAAACCAAUUUGUGCCAUAGGAAUGGGAGUGGCUGCCUUGUGCUGUGCUAUGGAGAAACCAAACUCUACUUGGAGUUUCACCAAGUAUUGCCUUACUGCUCCAUCUGUUUUUGAGCUAGCACGUGGAAUGGACUUCUCUAUUCUCCCUAUCGUUACAGAAGACUUCAUAAAAGAGCAUGGCGCUACCUAUAGUGCGAGUGGAUGUGAUAACAUGCAUGUGGUCAUAGAUAGGCACCUCGUUACUGGUCAGAAUGAAGCAUCCACCAUAACCGCCGUCCAGAACCUUAUUCUCCUCUCCAACCAGCGGUGUUAAUGGUAUGGCAGGAGAAUCAAACAUAAAUUAUUGCAGCGGCUAUUGUCAUCGAUGUGGAUUUCCCUGCAACCUCAAUCAGUCCAUCUUCGCCUGCAGCUUGCGUCUGAAUAUUACUGGGACAAGGGACAGAGUGGCAAAGACCGUGAGAAGUACGACAGAUCUGAUGGAGAGU